AACGGCCAGGGCAGCGUACGAGGCUCGAAGACAGAGAGAGCCGAAAACAUCUCUCUCGCCUUCCUACUUCUUGGAUUCAGAAACCGUCGUCGGCUUAGGGUGGAGCCACGGAUCGUCUCUCUCAUUCUCUCGCCGGAAGCCAUGAUCUCCGCCAGCAAGCUCAAAUCGGUCGAUUUCUACAGGAAAAUACCUAGAGACUUGACAGAGGCAUCACUUUCAGGUGCUGGAUUAUCCAUCAUGGCAGCAUUUUCCAUGAUGUUUUUAUUUGGAAUGGAGUUGAAUUCUUACCUGACAGUGAGCACUUCUACAUUUAUAAUUGUUGACAAAAGUACAGAUGCAGAGUUCUUACGCAUUGAUUUUAACAUAAGUUUUCCUGCCCUCUCAUGCGAAUUUGCAUCGGUUGAUGUGAGCGAUGUGUUGGGAACAAGCAGGUUGAAUAUUACAAAAACUGUCCGCAGAUUUUCGAUAGACCCAAAUUUAAUAGCAACAGGAUCUGAAUUCCACCCAGGACCCGUCCCAAAAAUUAAUAGACAUGGAGAUGAUAUUGAAGAAGAAUAUGCUGAUGGUUCAGUUUCUUUAACUGCUGACAAUUUUGAAAAAUUUGCACGUCAAUAUCCCAUUUUGGUGGUCAAUUUUUAUGCACCUUGGUGCUACUGGAGCAAUCGCUUGAAACCAUCAUGGGAGAGGACUGCAAAAAUAAUGAGAGAAAGAUAUGAUCCUGAAAUGGACGGACGUAUUCUCUUGGGAAAGGUUGAUUGUACUGAAGAAGGUGGACUGUGCAGGAGGCAUCAUAUCCAGGGCUACCCAUCCAUUCGCAUUUUCCGCAGAGGGAGUGAUGUUAAGGAAAAUCAUGGACACCAUGACCAUGAAUCUUAUUAUGGAGAACGGGACACAGAAAGUUUAGUUGUGGCAAUGGAAAUUCUGGUUGCACCUGUUCCAAGAGAGUUCCAUAAACAGGCAUUGGAUGACAAAUCUGGUCAAACCAUUGAUACAUCAAAACGACCUGCACCGUUGACUAGUGGGUGUAGAAUAGAAGGUUUUGUGCGUGUCAAAAAGGUUCCAGGUAACCUUGUCAUCUCAGCCCACUCAGGAGCACACUCUUUUGAUCCAUCUCAAAUAAAUGUCUCGCAUGUCAUUUCACAAUUUUCAUUUGGUAAGCAGCUCUCCCCACAGAUGCUGUCUGAAGUGAAGAGGCUAUCACCCUUUGUUGGUGGAAGCCAUGAUCGAUUAACAGGCCGAUCAUACAUCACUAAUCAUGCUGAUGAUGUUAAUGCAAAUGCUACUAUUGAGCAUUACCUUCAAAUUGUAAAGACUGAGACAGCAUCAAGAAAAUCUUCUCGGGAGUUUAAAUUGCUAGAGGAGUAUGAGUAUACAGCCCACAGUAGUUUGGUGCACAGUCUGCAUAUUCCUGCUGCCAAAUUCCAUUUUGAGCCCUCUCCCAUGCAGGUCUUCGUAACUGAAGUUCCAAAAUCCUUCUCACACUUCAUUACAAAUGUUUGUGCUAUCAUCGGAGGUGUUUUUACGGUUGCUGGAAUAUUGGAUUCUAUCCUGCACAAUACAAUCCGGCUUAUGAGAAAGGUUGAAUUAGGGAAACAGUUUUGAUGGGCCAAGGUGAAAGUUUGGUUGUAGAAGGGGUCCAAAGUUUUGCUCAUUCCCCUAGCUAGCAAUUCCGUUUUUAUGUUUUUACUCAUGGCAGAUGAAUCUUUUUGUCGCAAGAUGCAUGCAUUGGCCAGUGUAGUUAAAACCGGACAAAUGCAUGUAUUAAAAAUAUUGGUUCCCAAAACCAUUCCUGGAGUCCUCCGAUUAGACAAAUUCUAACCGUUACUUGCAUUAGGGGCAAUACUCCUAUGGUGAGCGGGUGGGCGUAUGGUGUGGGGGGCUUGUGUGGGGGCACGCUUGCAGCGUGUGAGGAUGUGCCGGCCGUGUGUGCACAUUCUCAGGUGCGAGCAUGCGGUGGACGGCGUAUUGAGAACCGCAGGCCCUGUAUUGGUGAAAGACUCCGCCCUUGUAGAAAUAAAAAGAGUAAGUCGAAUUCUUGAUUGGAA